UCACACUGGAUCCAAACACAGCACACACACAGCUGCCUCGUAUGGACCAGUACUUUAAUCAGAUGGAGAAAAUCAUAAAGGACAAGAAGACCAGCUUCAGGAUCCGCUUCAUGCUGCAGGACGUGCUGGACCUUCAACGGCCUCCAGGUAUGGGUAUGGGUGUCGGGGGUCCUCGUCGCUCGGCACAGAUGCAGUCUCUGAGCGAUGACAUUCAGCUGAACAAGGCGGAGAAGGCGUGGAAACCUUCGACGAAGAAAACCCGCGUGGAGGUCGAGAGUGAGAGCGACGACUCGGAGCACGGGAAGACCCAGGAGCUGUUUAAAAGUGUUCGCAGCAUCCUCAACAAACUCACCCCGCAGAAGUUUCAGCAGCUCAUGAAGAUGGUGACCGAUCUCACCAUCGACACGGAGGAGAGAUUGAAAGGCGUUAUCGAUCUGACCUUCGAGAAGGCCAUCGCUGAGCCUAACUUCUCCGUGGUCUACGCCAACAUGUGCCGCUGCCUCAUGGGGCUUAAAGUUGAAACCACAGAUAAGCCGGGAGUCACUGUGAAUUUCCGCAAGUUGCUGCUAAACCGAUGCCAGAAGGACUUCGAAAAGGGCCAAGUUGACGACGAGAUCUUCGAGAGGAAGCAGAAAGAGCUGGAUGCUGCCACAGUGCCGGAGGAGAAGCAGCGUCUCACUGAGCAGCUGCAGCGCGAGAAAGACAACGCCCACAGGUGCUCGAUGGGCAACAUCAAGUUCAUCGGAGAGCUGUUCAAGCUGAAAAUGCUCACAGAGGCCAUCAUGCACGACUGCAUCGUGAAGCUGCUGAAGAACCACGACGAAGAGUCUCUGGAGUGCCUCUGCAGACUGCUGUCUUCCAUCGGAAAGGACGUAGACUUCGAGAAGGCCAAGCCUCGUAUGGACCAGUACUUUAAUCAGAUGGAGAAAAUCAUAAAGGACAGGAAGACCAGCUCCAGGAUCCGCUUCAUGCUGCAGGACGUGCUGGACCUUCGACGGAGCUCGUGGGUCCCCAGGAGAGGCGAACAGGGCCCGAAGACGAUCGAGCAAAUCCACAAAGACGCCGAGCUGGAGGAGCAACGGGAGCAGAUGAAUGUGCAGCAUGCCUUCAUCUCUAAACUGUCAGGAGGCCACGGAGGCAGAAACGACGGAGGCAGGAACGACGGAGGAAGGAACGACGGAGGAGCUCGUGGGGGCCGCGAGGGCCGUUACAACCAGGGCCGAAGGCAACCUCCCCAGGACGAAGGCUGGAACACAGUGCCCAUCUCCACCAAAAACCGACCCAUUGACACCUCUCGCCUUAGCAAAAUCACUAAGACGCCUGCUCUUGACUUCAACAAUCAGGUCCUGGGCCCCGGUGGGAAAGGCAUGUUUGGCAGCUGGGGGAAGGGCAACAGCGGGGGCAGCACCACUGCUAAGCCUGCAGAAGCCGUGACACGAGAGAAAUCUGACACCCCUCCUCCCCCCCCGGCCUCCACCAAGCCCACGCUGACGGAGGAGGAACUGACAAAGAAAUCCACCGCCAUCAUCGAGGAGUAUCUGCACCUCAACGACAUGAAGGAGGCUCUGCAGUGUGUGCAUGAGAUGAGCAGCACUCAGCUUCUCUUCCUCUUCGUACAAACCGGCCUGGAGUCGACGCUGGAGCGCAGCACCAUCGCCCGAGAGCGCAUGGGCCUCCUGCUGCAGCAGCUCAUCAAAGCCGGCACUCUGCCCAAGCAGCAGUACUACAACGGGCUGCAGGAGAUCCUGGAGGUGGCUGAAGACAUGGCCAUCGACAUCCCUCACAUCUGGCUGUACCUGGCAGAGCUCAUCUCCCCCAUGCUGCGCGAGGGAGGCAUCCCCAUGGGGGAGCUUUUCAGGGAGAUUUCCAAACCUUUGAUUCCUCUGGGCCAAGCCGGAGUCCUGCUGGUGCAAAUCCUCAACUUACUGUGCAAAGAAAGGAGCCAUAAAAAGGCGGGAGCGAUGUGGCGAGAGGGCGGUCUCCGGUGGAGAGACUUCCUCCCCGAGGACGUCGACGUCAACAAGUUCAUGACAGAGAAGAAGGUGGAGUUCACGCUGGGUGUGGAGUCUGAGGACGGUCAGAAGGAGGAGCUGAGCUCUGAGGAGCUGAGCAAACAGAUUCAGAGGCUGAUCCAGGAUCAGGCCGACGACCAGAGGCUGUUUGACUGGAUCGAGGAUAACCUGGAUGAGCAGCAGAUGUCCUCCAACAUGCUGGUCAGAGCUCUGAUGACAUGCAUCUGUCAGUCAGCCAUCAUCUAUGAGAACCCGAACAAGGUAGACGCCGCUAAGAUCAAGAAGAGAGCGAAGGUCCUGCAGAAAUACCUGAGUGACGACAAGAAGGAGCUGCAGGCUCUCUACGCUCUGCAGGCGCUGAUGGUGGAGCUGGAGCAGCCGGCCAACCUGCUGCGGAUGUUCUUCGACAGCCUUUACGACGAGGACGUGAUCAAAGAAGAAGCUUUCUACAAGUGGGAGUCGAGCAAAGACCCGGCGGAGCAGCAAGGGAAAGGCGUGGCUCUAAAGUCCGUCACCGCCUUCUUCACGUGGAUUCGAGAGGCCGCGUAUGAGUCCUACGACAGCUAGAGCAGGAAAAACGCUCCGUGGAGGAUUCAGAAGAAAAAACCCUGAAUCGGCAAAAUCCUUCUGCAUUUUGGUUUCCUUUUGUUUGUUCCCUUUUUGCGCAACUGAAUGUCUUUUUUGGAAAUAAAUACAGGAUAAAAUCGAGCGAGUAGAAGAGCGAGAGAAAAGCCGUGAGAGAAGACGCCGUUUCCUUCAGUAUUUCUUUGAAGUUUACCUGUUUUUUUUCAAACGGCUGGUUUUUCCUCGCCACGGUCAAACACUAUUCAAGACACUUUGCUUAAUGACAGAUAUAUACAAAAAAAUAAACAA